GAGGAAUUCAUUCCAACACCCUCUGUACCAUUGAUAUAUCAUAUCAUGGCACCAUCCUUCCUCAUCCUCCUACUGCUUCAUUAUCUCCAUGCCUUUGCUUCUUCCCAAAGAGUGAAUCAAACUGAGUCUCUUCUAAAAUGGAAAGCUAAUCUCCACUACAAAAGUCAAACCGCACUCUCUUCUUGGGUUGGGGACAAUCCUUGUAGUUGGGAUGGAAUCACCUGUGACAAGGCUGGAAGCAUCACCAAUUUAAACCUUUCAAGUAAUGGUUUAAAAGGUACACUUCACAGUCUCGAUUUUCUUGCCUUUCCUACUUUGAUGGAGCUUCGACUUCCUAAUAAUUCAUUGUAUGGGACAAUUCCCUCAAGUAUAGGCAGGUUGUCCCAACUAAGAGUUCUUUACUUGGAUUUCAAUGAUUUCUUAGGAAAUAUUCCAUCUGAGAUAGGAUUGUUAAGGAGUCUUAGUUUGCUUUCCCUUUAUGGAAAUCAGUUAAAUGGAUCCAUUCCUAAAGAAAUAGGAAUCCUUGGGUCUCUCAAAGAAGUUGAUUUAUCAAAUAACAAUCUCUCUGGUCAAAUACCUAGUUCUAUAGGAAAUUUAAAAAAUUUGUCUAUCUUUGAUCUUUCCAUAAACAAGUUUUUUGGCUUAAUACCUCAAGAAGUAGGAAUGCUUAGGUCUCUUAGUGAACUUGAUUUAUCAAGUAACAAUCUUUCAGGUCCAAUUCCUACUUCUAUAAGAAAUUUAAAAAAUUUGUCUCUCCUUCAUCUUUUCCAAAACAAACUUUCUGGUUCAAUACCUCAAGAAGUAGGAAUGCUUAGGUCUCUUAGUGAACUUGAUUUAUCAAGUAACAAUCUUUCAGUUGCUGGUACCUUUGGCUACAUUGCUCCAGAGCUGGCUUACACAAUGGAAGUGAAUGAAAAAUGUGAUGUUUAUAGCUUUGGUGUUGUCACAAUGGAAAUACUCAUGGGAAGACAUCCAAGUGAUUUGAUAUCUGCUUUAUUAUCGCAAUUGGCACCAUUACCGUCUUCAACACCACCAAACUGGCGGCAAAUGUUGAUCAAAGAUCUAAUAGACCAAAGACUAUUAGUUCCAACAGGUGAGACAACCGUGCAUGUGGCCUCCACUGUGAGGCUAGCACUUGUAUGCCUGCAAGCCAAUCCUCAAUAUCGACCAACCAUGAGACAAGUUUCUCAGGCCCUUACUAGUGAGCGGCCUCCAUUGCCAAAGCCCUUCUCCAUGGUAACAUUGGAAGACUUGGUGGGGCAAGAUUUGUAGGGCUGAGGUGUUUUGUGUAAAAAAGCUAGGUUUUUCGAUUUGCGUUUCUAGUUCGAUGAACUAUUUCUCUUGCUUGUGAUUAUUUUCUUAAUCGUUUGUACUUUUUCUUUUCCCCUUUUUUUCUUUGGCUGAAACUUAAUCCCUUGUACUUGUUCUUCUUCAUCCCUGGGGAAGGCAUUCCAUA